CGGUGAUGACGUUGCGUCUCUCUGCUUAUAACUUCUUUCAAUUGACGAGAAUUUCAAACUUUUAGCUUACUCGCUAGCUGCUAAGUCGUCCAGCACCACUUGUAUUGAGCAGUUAACACUUGAACCAUCAUAAUUAGCGUCUUCAUAACUUGAAAACAUAAAUAAACCGCACUUAUAUCAGUUCAACAGAAUUUGAACGGAAAGUUUAGAAGUGAAGUGUUGUCACAGGAUCACCUUUAUAAACGGGUACAUAUAUUUUGGAAAGCAAGAAAUUUAUAGCUUAGAAGUUAGUCUAUUUUAUCAUGCAGAUGGAUAUGACUGAAAUUCAGGAGACGCGCACACAGCAAGAAGCCGCUGCAGCAAGUGUGAAAGAGAAUUCCACCGACAAAAAAACUGAUAUCACGUAUGGAAUCGAUGAUGUUCCCCCGUGGUAUUUGUGCAUUUUGAUGGCCUUGCAGCAUUAUUUAACAAUGAUAGGGGCGAUCGUUUCCAUACCAUUUAUUUUAACGCCAGCACUCUGCAUGACUGAAGAUGAUCCAGCCAGGGGACACAUUAUUUCCACUAUGAUAUUUGUUACAGGACUUGUAACAAUGUUGCAAACAACUUUUGGAUGCAGGCUACCAAUUGUACAAGGUGGGACCAUAUCAUUCCUUGUUCCAACUCUGGCAAUAUUAAAUUUGCCACAGUGGAAAUGUCCAGCUCCAGAAAUACUGGACAGCAUGUCAACUGAUGACAGAACUGAACUCUGGCAAGUGAGAAUGAGGGAACUAUCAGGAGCAAUUGCAGUUUCUGCUCUAUUUCAAAUUAUUGUUGGGUAUGGAGGAAUCAUUGGGUCCAUGCUCAAAUACGUGUCACCUCUCACAAUAGUCCCUACUGUAUCUCUUGUCGGAUUAUCAUUGUUUGAAAACGCUGCAGAGGCUGCCUCAAAGCAUUGGGGAAUUGCUGCUGGAACAAUCUUGAUGCUCACUGUAUAUUCCCAAAUUUUUAUAAAUGUGAAAGUACCAAUAUUGGCUUGGAGGAAAAGUAGCGGUUUUCAGGUCGUUUGGUGCUCUCUAUUCAAACUGUUUCCGGUCUUGCUGACUAUAGCCAUAAUGUGGGCCAUAUGUGGAAUUUUAACCAUCACUGAUUCUUUUCCUGUCGGGCAUCCAGCAAGGACAGAUGUCAAAAUAAAAAUUCUGAGCGAUUCACCCUGGUUCAGGAUACCAUACCCUGGACAGUGGGGGAUUCCUAGUGUCAGCCUUGCUGGUGUUCUAGGAAUGCUGGCAGGAGUCAUAGCUUGUACUGUUGAAUCCAUCAGUUACUAUCCAACAACUUCUAAGAUGUGUGGCGCGCCACCUCCACCCGUUCAUGCAAUAAAUCGAGGUAUUGGUACAGAAGGUUUGGGUACAAUGUUAGCUGGCCUCUGGGGCAGUGGAAACGGCACCAAUACAUUCGGGGAAAAUGUCGGCGCUAUAGGCGUGACUAAAGUAGGAAGUCGAAGAGUGAUACAAUGGGCUGCAGCUAUUAUGAUUAUACAAGGUGUUGUCAACAAAUUUGGUGCCGUAUUCAUCAUAAUUCCUGAACCAGUUGUUGGAGGAAUUUUCUGUGUUAUGUUUGGAAUGAUAGCUGCGUUUGGACUUUCAGCUCUUCAAUACGUUGAUCUCAAUUCAGCAAGAAAUUUAUACAUCUUAGGGUUCUCUUUAUUUUUCCCAUUAGUACUUUCCAAGUGGAUGAUAACUCAUUCAGAUGCAAUACAAACGGGCAAUGAUAUUGUGGACAGUGUAAUCACCGUAUUACUAAGUACCACAAUUCUAGUUGGCGGUGCCAUAGGGUGCCUUUUGGACAACCUUGUGCCAGGUACUGUUGAAGAAAGAGGAUUAGAUGCGUGGGCAAAAGAAAUGUCUCUAGUAGAUGAAACACCGGAAGACGACGAAACUGGGCGAUCACAGUACAUUCCAAAUACCUUUGACUUCCCUAUCGGCAUGAACGCUAUCCGAAGAUGGACAUGGACCUCCUAUUUACCUUUCUCUCCAACGUACAAGCCGAGACAACGUUGGUGGCGUUGUAACAAACAUUAGUAACAAUUUUAAACCUCUAAGCCUAGGACUAAUCAACUCCAAAAAUUGAUGAUGCCAAGAUAUUAUUAAAAAGUACGAUAAAAUUGGAGAGCAUCUAAGUAUGACCACAACUCGCCCUCAAGUUCUAGUAAUGCUUGAUAAUGUUGGGACUGACAGGCUAAUACUAAGGACUGGAAGAGCAGCAUUUCGUCCUCUCCCAUCCCAGGACCUGAUAAAAAUAUAAUGAAGAAAAAAUAAAUAUAAUAAAAAUAAAUUAAUUCGAUAAUUCUAACAUCUUCCUUGCUAUGGAAGUACUCGCAAUAAUACGAUAAUUCAUGAGAAUGA